GAUGCAAACAAGAGACAAAUAUGAAACCUUAUCGCCUAAAAAUUCAUGCCAUAGAAAACAGUUGAUUGUCCAAGAAUUUUUUGGUUUUACUUUUUGACGAUAAAGUGAAGAAAAAUCACAAAUACGAAGUCUUUUUUUGAAUGUAAAUUAUAAUAGAACAAUUUUAAUUGAGAUAUUUUAUAUUUAUGCAUUUUAAAGGAAAAAUAAUGAAAUUGACAAAUCAAAUUAAUUGAAUUAGUAACAAUAGAGCUUUCGCAUUAUAAGAAAAGAUCACUUGGUGUACAUUUUAUAAAAGAUUUCCCUUACAUGCCGAAGAGUAUUUUAAUAUAAGAACCAGAAAAAUGUCAUCCUCGGCCAUAUACGUUCUCGAUGUGAAGGGAAAGGUGCUGAUUUCAAGGAACUAUCGCGGUGACAUCGAUAUGUCAGUCAUCGACAAAUUCAUGCCUUUGCUAAUGGAACGAGAGGAGGAGGGUUUGAUAACGCCAAUUCUUCAAAUGGCCGAAUGCACAUUCGCUUAUAUUAAAACAAAUAAUUUAUACAUUGUGUCAACAACCCGAAAGAAUGCCAAUAUAGCUCUUAUUUUCGUGUUCUUGCACAAGAUCGCUCAUGUAUUUGUGGAGUAUUUUAAAGAAUUGGAAGAGGAGAGUAUUCGUGAUAAUUUUGUUGUCAUUUACGAGUUGCUGGACGAAUUGAUAGACUUUGGUUAUCCCCAGACAACAGAUAGUAAGAUCCUACAAGAGUACAUAACACAAGAAGGCCACAAAUUAGAAAUCCAACCAAGAAUACCAAUGGCUGUGACAAAUGCUGUAUCGUGGCGCUCAGAGGGAAUCAAGUAUCGCAAAAAUGAGGUCUUCUUAGAUGUGAUCGAGUCGGUAAAUCUACUGGCGAACGCAAACGGAAAUGUUUUACGAAGUGAAAUUGUAGGCGCGAUUAAAAUGAGGGUUUAUUUAUCUGGAAUGCCAGAAUUACGUCUAGGUCUAAACGAUAAGGUUCUCUUUGAAAGCACUGGUCGUGGAAAGUCCAAGUCGGUUGAGUUAGAGGACGUAAAGUUUCAUCAGUGCGUAAGACUAUCGAGAUUCGAAAACGAUCGUACCAUUUCAUUUAUUCCACCCGAUGGAGAAUUUGAAUUAAUGUCCUAUCGUCUGAAUACACAUGUUAAGCCAUUGAUAUGGAUUGAAUCGGUGAUCGAACGCCAUGCUCAUAGCCGUGUUGAAUAUAUGAUUAAGGCCAAAUCGCAGUUCAAACGUCGUUCGACAGCAAAUAAUGUUGAAAUUGUCAUUCCAGUGCCAGGCGAUGCUGAUUCGCCUAAAUUUAAAACAUCGAUUGGCAGUGUGAAGUACGCUCCUGAACAGAACGCCAUAACAUGGACAAUUAAGUCAUUUCCAGGUGGUAAGGAAUAUUUAAUGCGUGCCCAUUUCGGUCUACCUAGUGUGGAGUGCGAGGAAACUGAAGGAAAACCACCAAUACAAGUUAAAUUUGAAAUACCUUACUUUACAACAUCUGGCAUUCAGGUUCGUUAUUUAAAAAUCAUUGAAAAAAGUGGCUAUCAAGCUUUGCCUUGGGUGCGUUACAUUACUCAAAACGGUGACUACCAAUUGCGAACCAAUUAAGAAACAAGCCGCCGCCGUUUAGAAUAAUUAAUCAAAAGUUACUUAUUAUGCAGCAUACGUAUAUUUUUUUAUUGUGCAGAAAAAUUUGCUCUUUAUAUAUCAAAAAAUUACAUAAGUAUAAUUAUUUUAAGUUAAACAAUCUAAAUUAUACAUAUUAUAUACAUACAUUCGAUCAUUGUAAUUAUUAAUUUCUUUAUCUGUUGUUUUUUUUUUGUAUUUAUUACAUAUAGUAAUUUUGUUGAAAAUUUGAUUAGUUACAACAAGAACUUAAAUAAUUAAUAAAAGCACAUCUUUUUUGCACAUA